AUGAGUCAUUUCCUUAAUGUCUGUAUUUUGCUUUUGCUUUUCGACAAAACAAUUUUCGCCGUUGAACAAUGCGAGGCGCUGUUUGUUAUCGAUGGAUCGAGUUAUUAUUUAACUUUUCGAGCCGAGAUCACCGCAAUCACCACUGCCGCCAGCGUGGCCUUUUCGAACACUCAAUCGAUAUUCUUUGCGAAUUAUUGGGAGUACGGAGGAGGGGAUGAUGAUGAGAAACUUCCAAAUGAUUUCUUGAAGAAAAAUGAUUUUCUCGAUGGAGUACAAGGACUACAGAGUUAUGGAGGAAGCGAGUCGAUCGUCGGAGCAACAUCAAAGCUAAACCAAUGGCAAAUCGAUACUGCUGUAAUUGUCUUAUAUACGGCUAGCCCACAAAGUCUGAUCACGAUCGCCGGAACCAACUAUACGGAACAAGGCAGAACGAUUGUCGUUCACUCAAAUGACGGUGUCGACAUGAGCCCUCUCUCUAACUAUCCAAGCCCCGGCAUUAGCGAGUACACGGCCCUGGUCGAGUUGAUCAUCGGUGUUUGCAAGAAUAUGCCAACAAAGCCCACCAUGCAGCCAUCACCGACCACGCAAAUUCCGGUUCUCCAGUGCCGUGCCCAGUUCUACAUCGACGCCUCGGUUUUGGGAAAACCCACAGCACCGCAGCAAACGGCGCUGAUCUCAUCGGCGGCCACGCUUCUCUUCAAUGGUUUGUCGGCCGGCGAGUUCUACUCGAAUUGCAGCAACAUCUUCGUCAACUGUUCCCUCAGCUUUCAUGCUGCCAUUGCAUCGUAUGGCGAUGCUACCAGUGUACCUCCGAAUCCAAGCCAAUUGAUGGACAGUUUCACCGCUUUCAGCACAGCUCUCAAUGCUCUCACUUUCAACUCUCCCGACAAUCAGAAUAUUGUCGAUGCAAUCAAUAUCAUCAAUGGUAAUGCAGAGUUUGCAAAUGUGAUUACAGUUUUGUUUACGAAUAGCCCACAAGCUCUUAUUGACAAUAUCACCGGAAAUGCCUAUCAAGAUCGGACGCUUGGCUUUGGAAUCUCGGGUCAAAACAUGUAUCACAUUGCGGAUAGCACGAUGAAUCUGGGAAAGCCGCCGACCGAGCUGUCCGCGUUAAUCAAAACCUAUUGUGGAUGGAGAUUC